AUGACGGAGCAUACAGUCACAGAGUUAUUCGAAAGAUACUCUGUCGAUGAAAUCCGCCGAAUGUGUGUCGGAAUAAGGAAUGAUGUUGAAAGCAAAAAGAUGGAACUUCGUUUCCUUGUCGGCGAGCGACAUCGAGAUGUCAUUGAGGCCUCUGACAACAUUCUAAUUAUGAAAGAUUUUAGUCACAGUAUCACGGAUAAAUUAUCAGAGUUAGAGUCUUGUUGUAUCUACAAUCCGACUAAUUUUUUGAAUAGUCAUACUUCACGUCAGCAUGCUCGUGAUCCCAAGAAGUUGAUUGCCUCACAACUGAAACUCCUUCUUGACCUUCCCGAGAUGAUUUGGUCUGGUCUUGACAGCAUGGACUAUACAGAGGCUGUGGAACUUUAUCUUCUUGGUUGCCAUCUUUCAGUGAAAAUGCAAUUAACUGGUGAGACAUUAGCCGCUCAUGUUAAUGCUCGCGUUCUUGUGAAGAGACAGUGGGCGGCUUUGGAUCAUAUCGAGUCCACCAUUGCCUCUGCUUGUCGCAAACAGUUAAUUCUUAACGCCGUUUCGGAUGAUGUGAGUGGAAUAGUAGUAUUUUAG